UGAAGCAAAAGAAAAUUUAGUUUUAGUAGGCCUCCAGCAUUUACCGGUUGGAGGUGGACAGGGUUAACCCAAGUAUAAACCGCAGUUUGUUAACUUAAUAUAUUUUUCUCAACAUGGAUUUUAUAUCAUUUGCUCAAUCAAUGUCUAAUUAUAAAGACACUCCAAAAGGAGUUCCAGGUAAUCCUUAUCCAUCAAGACCUUGGUUACAGGAUCGUGCUGCAGCUGCUCCGGCUUCAUCUAACGUUGGAGUAAAAGGAAUUAUUGCCGGAGGAAUAACUGGUGGUAUUGAGAUAUGUAUAACAUAUCCUACAGAAUAUGUUAAAACUCAAUUACAAUUAGACGGUAAAGCUGGUGCUGGUAAACAAUACUCAGGUAUAUGGGACUGCGUAACAAAGACAGUAAAAACAAAUGGAGUAUUUGGUUUAUAUCGUGGCCUGUCUGUUUUAAUUUAUGGCUCAAUACCAAAGUCAGCAGUGCGAUUUGGUUCAUUUGAAACAGUUAAAAAUCAUUUGGUUGAUUCUGAUGGUAAAUUAAAUGCACAGCGACGUCUCUUAGCUGGUCUCUGUGCUGGUAUUUGUGAAGCAGUACUUGCUGUCACACCCAUGGAGACGAUAAAAGUCAAAUUUAUCAAUGAUCAGCGGUCAGCUAAUCCACAAUUUCGUGGAUUUUUUCACGGUGUCAAGCUCAUUGUUAAAGAACAAGGUAUGAAAGGAGUAUAUCAAGGUGUUGUACCGACAAUAAUGAAACAGGGUUCUAAUCAGGCUAUAAGAUUUUUUGUUAUGGAAACUAUGAAAGAUUGGUAUCGUGGUGGUGACAAUAAUAAACCGGUGCCUAAAAUGAUUGUUGGUUUAUUUGGAGCCUGCGCUGGUGCCGCAUCAGUAUUUGGAAACACUCCAAUUGACGUUGUGAAAACAAGGAUGCAGGGUUUGGAAGCUUAUAAAUACAAAGGAAGUUUAGAUUGCGCCGUACAAGUGUGGAAGAAAGAAGGCCCAGGUGCAUUUUACAAAGGAACUGUACCGCGAUUAGGAAGAGUGUGUCUGGAUGUUGCUAUUACAUUCAUGAUUUACGAUUCAUUCAUGGAUCUCUUCAACAAAGUAUGGCCGUAAACUAAAUAUAUUUAUCUCAUAUUUUUAUGACAUACUUUACAUACAAAGUGCUCCUAUACGAACAAUCGUGUCAAAAUACAGCUCAAAAACAUCGACAUAUUUUGAAAUAAUUUAUUGCCAAAUCUUUGAUAGUAGCGACAAAGAUUUUAUACAAAUAAUUUACAGAGUAAGAUAUUAUAUAAAACAAAUAGUCAGCUUGAAUUUUAUUAUUUGCAACCGGGGUAACUUGAACUUUAAUUAAUAAUCGAGUUGUAUAGAUUUUUUUUUUCAGUAUGCGAUAGUAUAAAGAAAAUAAUGUAAAUGUGUGAAAAAUAUUUAAAUUUAGGAAUAUAUUAAUGAUACUAUCUAUAGAUAGAACCAAAGUUCAUCUUGCAAUAACUUUUUGUUCAUGAAAAAAAAUUUUUUAAGAGAUUUAUACAAAAAUAUUUUUAUUACUAAGUUAAUUAAUUUUUUUUCUACGAUACUACGAAUUAAAAUAAAAGAAAAAAAAUUAUUUUAUAAUUAAUUUAUUAAGGAAAAAAAAAUACAAAUUCAUAUAAUUUUUUCUCUUUGUUAUAAACUUUUGUCAUCACAUAUUAGUAUUCAUAAGGAAUGUAAACAUAUUGUAAGAAAGUAAUUGUUGAGACGAUGGACUUUUAAUUAAUUAGAAGAAACGUCUAGUAAAAACAUUCCGCAAAUCAU